ACUCAAACGGACGCGUUCAACUCAUGUACUCGCCCAUCGCAGUGCACAGCGGGCCGAUCGCGUUAAAUCUAUUGCACAACGCGUUAUUGCGUUAUCACACCCGGUCGGAAGAUCGCGCGAUCAAAUUGACCAGUCGGCCAUUGGUGAAUCGGGGACAGCGGCAACACUUGAUGGUCAGUCCGCGGAGUAUAAAAAUUUGGGAGAACGCGGCGAUAGCAAUAACCCUGUUUCUCCUUCUACCCUCGAUUGACAUGGGCAUACGAGAGCUGAACACACUUUCGAAAGUACUACAAACCAACGCGAUCGGGAUGUCCACUCGGAUCUAUUGGAUCCCGAUGUACAUCGUCGAUUUCCUAUUGUACGCGUUGUCUGUAAUCGGAAUCGGAAUCGCAACUGUAAUUGCUUACCAACGAACGUUGCGCUUUUCGGUUGUAGAAAUUGGUAAGAAUUUUCAGAUAUAUUGACUGCAUUCAGUAGAGGAAACUGCUUUACAACUGC